AAGCAUGAACCCGUAGGCGGAGCGGCAAGAUUUGCUACCGCCAUAAAAGAAUUUCGCCAGAGGUUUGGGGAGGAUAGUUCAUGCGUAUUAUUUAGCGGUGAUGUGUUUAAUCCAUCUGUAGAGAGUACCGUCAGUAAAGGAGAACAUAUGGUUCCGACGAUGAACGAUUUUGGAAUUGAUGUCGCAUGUCUUGGCAACCACGAUUUCGAUUUUGGAUUACCUGUACUCGAGAAUCUGGUGGGAAUGACUAAAUUCCCGUGGCUAUUGUCUAACGUAUUGGAUCAAGAGUCGGGCGAACCGGCAGCUGGUGGUAAAAGAUGGCAUAUCUUGGAAAAGGGAGGAUUGAAGCUUGGAAUUAUAGGAUUGGUGGAAAAAGAAUGGUUAGAGACUAUACCUGGUCUUCCAAAAACACUUCAAUAUGAAGAUUUCAUAGCAGUCGGGAAAGAACUUGCCAUCAAAUUACGUGAUCCAAAUGGCCCGUAUGCAGUGGAUUUGGUUAUAGCUCUCUCGCACUCCAGAUUGCAAAAUGAUAUCUUAUUAGCUAAUAAGUGCAAGGGCUUUAUCGAUCUAGUGCUCGGCGGUCAUGACCACUUUUACUAUGUCAGCAAAGGCUGUGAAAUGCGAGAUGGAUGGGAACGGGAAGAGAUACAAGGCAGCGAAGGUGAUGAUGACGUAUAUAUAAUUAAAAGCGGAACAGACUUUAGAGAGUUGAGCAUUUUAGAGGUUGACGUAGAGAAAAUAAGCGAUGGCGAUACUGGAUCAAAAAAUAUUAAGAACGUUAAAGUGACUCGUCAAGAAAUUACGUCUGAUAUCUUAGAGGAUCCCCACUUUGUUGAUUUGAUAAAGUCUUCAACGUCUUCAAUUGCGGCUCAAAUGUCUAAACCUAUCGCCUAUACCAUAACUGCAUGGGACUGUCGAUCCACGAUGCUCCGCACGCAAGAAACUGCGUUCGGUAAUUUUGUAGCUGACCUAAUGUUAUAUGCUUAUCAACCCUGUGUUCCAUACAACAUUGAUUGCUCACUCGUGUGUGGCGGAAGCAUUCGUUCAGACUGUAUUUAUCCGCCCGGGGAGAUUACCGUUGGUGACCUUUUGGAAAUAUUUCCGUUCGAAGAUCCGUCGGUAGUAAUAAGAAUUAGCGGACAACAAUUGUGGGAUGCAUUGGAAAGCGCGAUAUCUAUGGUUCCUAAACAGGAGGGACGAUUUCCCAUAUUUAGUGGGCUUAAAAUUGAGUAUAAUCCAAAAGCGGAGCCAUUUCAUCGAUUAAGAAAUGUAUGGCUCACAGAACGACGUUCUUCAUCAACAGAAGACGUUGGAAAUGAUGAAGGAGAUACGAUUAAUACAGUUGACGCCGAUAUUGAUGACGAGGAUCCAGGACCACAUAUCAUUAUCGGAAAACUUGACAUGAAUAAAACAUACACCGUGUGCACGCGAGCCUACAUGGCGGCUGGCUAUGAUGGCUAUAAAGCAUUAGCACAACCGGAAACGCAAUUUGUGAUAGACGAAGAGAAUGGAGUCAUACUAAGCACCUUAAUUAGGAGGUAUUUUAUAGGAUUGUAUUAUGUCAGCGCAAUGAAAUUUAAUAUGAGUUGCGAGUCGAAAACACAAGAGGCGGUUCUCAAAGCUGCAACACAUUGGAAGAAGCUGGCGGAGACGAGGAGAAAACAGACGGCAUAUAAGCGCAUUUCAAAGAGAAAUAUUAUAGAAGCGUUGUGUAAGUCCAUGGGUGAUAUUGUAAAAGUGUUUGGUAGCGAAGGUGAUGAAGGUAUUCCAUUAGAGAGUAUGGAGUCACUGAUGAAGGAUGCUGAUAAAGAAAAUUAUGAAGAUUCAAAAAAGAAUGCAAACUUUAUGAAAGAUUGGGUUACAGUGGCACCAAUGAUUGAAAAUAGAAUUGGCAUAGUAGAUUUUUAG